UACAACAACAACAACAUGGAACCGUCUAGACAACUACUCCUUUUGGACCAUGGCACAUUCGGCAACCUAGUCAUAUUGGCGAUCGGCCACGAAGAGAUGGUGUUCAACACAUGUAUCAGUGUUUUACGUUUGAAGUGGUCAAGGUCAGCAUAACAAGUUACUAGUACGCAUCCUGGUCCUGUUGCUCAUACUUUAGAAAUACCACCCAGUGGACCACCUGGUCCUAAAAUUUUUGCAGAGUGCUCACCUGUGGUUCUUCAAAAUAUAUUUACAGCUUAUAACGUUAAAGUUCAAACUAUAAAAAGUGUACGCUCAACAGUUGCCAGUAGCAGGUGAUGCAUUGAUGUAAAAAGACGUGCUAAAAAGCGUAGAGGAACCAAAAUAAACACCAGACAGUAAGCUUUGUGAAAGCGUUUUCUCGCUUAUACAUUAACAUAAAACCAUAACAACAAAUCAAAAUGUCUGGAAAAACUGCCGACCAGACAAUACGCAAAUACUAUAAUGUCGCAUUGGAAUUGGUAAUGAAAUGUCGUCCAGUAGCAAUGGAAGGUUAUGAGAAAACCGAAGCUGUCUUUGACACAAAAGCAGCCUACUUUGAUUUGGUAACAGAAUAUGAUAAAAAAUUGGAGGAUCUACUCAUCACGGAGUUGCAAAAAGCCUUUCCCGAAUCAAAGUUCAUUGGUGAGGAAGAUAUGGCGGCGAAUAAGAAGAAGCCAGAGCUGACAGAUGUACCCACAUGGAUAAUUGAUCCCAUAGACGGAACAACAAAUUUUAUACACCGUUUUCCUAAUUGGUGUAUUUCAGUCGGUUUGACUAUACGCAAGGAAUUAGUGGUGGGUGUAGUGUAUUUACCAGCGGUAAAUGAAAUGUACUCGGCGUGGAUGGGACAUGGCGCUUAUCUUAAUGGGCAGCCUAUCAGUGUUAGCAAGUGUACUAAUAUCAAAAGCGCUGUUAUAGGGGCAGAAAUGUCACUUAUUCUGCCGGCACCUGUGCGAGAUAAAAAUGUUAAACGCCUGUGUAAGGUAGCAUCGAAUUGCAGUGGUUGCCGCGGUUUAGGCAGCGCCGCUGUAUCCCUUUGCUAUGUGGCGCGUGGCAGCAUUGAUUGCUUUUUCGUAGAGGAUUUGCAAGCAUGGGACAUUGCUGGUGGUGCCUUAAUAAUACGCGAAGCUGGUGGCUAUGUGUGCCAUACAAAAGGUGGCGAGUUUUCAGUAUUAAAACCCGAUUGUAUAGCUGCAGCAACACCUGAACUAGCUAAGGAUGUGAUAGCUUUGAUCGAGGAAGCUGAUCAGUUGACCGAAUUUACUUUUACGUGAAUAACUUCUAGUGAAUGAUAGCCCAAGCGAAAACCACCAUAUUAUUACAAAAUAAAUACAGUGAAUGCGUAAGGUUUCUAAUUUUCAUCAGAAAGUGCUACAAUUUAGGAAAUAAUAAAUAAAAAAUAACUAAAAAAAAGUUUUUAAGACAAGAUUUUAAAAUUGGUAAAUAAAAGGAAG